GUCACUGCAUUUCUGUCAUUUUAUAAUUGAUAAAAUUUCGCAGGCUAAUAAUAACAAUAAAAAAGCAAAUCGUACCGUGGCUUGCGGAUUUUACCGAUUUGAAAGCGAUACCAAAGUCGUGGAAAAGAGUUCAAUUAAUCAGUAACAAUGGUAGCUAAAAGCCCCAAUUCCGAGAAAAUGGCGAAAAGCAAACAGUCCCACAUCGCUUCAGUGUGGAAUCGUGCUAUAAAACCCAACUCAGAAUGGACAGAAAAGGACGAUUUUCUGGAUGUCGUGUAUUGGGCCCGGCAAGUGCUCAGCAUUCUCAUCGGCAUAGUAAUGGGUCUCAUUCCGCUGAAAGGCUUCAUCGCACUUGCUUUGUUUGCUCUACUGAAUUGUGGAGCCGUCUAUCUGUACAGCACUAGCUUCCAAAAUAUUGACGAGGAUGCGUAUGGCGGCAUGUGGGAAGUUGUAAAAGAAGGCUUCAUGACAUCUUUCGCGUGCUUUUUGGUCACGUGGAUUAUCUUUUACACCGGCAUCCAUUUCGAUAGCGUAGUCAUAGAAAAGAGUUUAUAGAGAUAAAGCAACAAAAGAAGAAAAGAAAAGAUUUAACUAUAAAGGAAUGGUAAACUGAAGCGAAAAAUAAUACACCCGUUGUUGAUUAAUUUAUUAUACUGUUACAAUUCCCUACUACAUAUACACACUCAUGAAACUAAAUCCGGCAACAUGAAGCAUCCUCAAUUAUUCAUAUCUGGUUCGCAAGACCAUCUCAUCCGGAAUCUACUUCGAUCCUCAACAGUUGUAUUGGGGCAUAUUAUUUUCAUUGUAGUGGAUAAGAAAAUACAUUUGCCACGUUUUUGAUAGUUGUAUGUUAAAUAUCAAAACAAAUAAAUGUUUUGCUUUUCUCUUGA